UCCGUCGAGCUGCAGCCAGGAAAACAAGUUCAUCUUCGUUCGCUCAGCAGAGAUCAGACGUAAAGUGAUUUCGGAUCGCAGUGCCUUCAAACUGCCUCCGCCGCAGCUGAGACCAAACACGUGCCGAGCAGCAGAAGGCGGAGGAUCAUCGUCCCUCCGUGGAAACCUGUUAAUGAUCUCACGGUGUAAUGAGAGCGCUGGUCAUGGACAGAUGAUGGACGUGGAGACGUCGUACUCAGACUUCAUCAACUGUGAUCGCACAGGCCGCAGGAACGCAGUACCCGACAUCUCAGGGGAGGAGGGGUCGGCAGGGGCCAGCACCAGUGAACUCACCAAAGACCUCGCAGAGAUGGAUCUUAAGACUGCAGAAGGAGACCCGGGGGCCACUCCGGCCCCCGAGGCCGAAGGCUCCACCAGCCAAGACGCCCAGGGAAGUGGAGGCCCGUCCUAAAACAAAGCAAACAAAAAAAAAAAACAGCAAAAGAAAACAGAAAUACUAAACAACCACAGAUCGAAGGCUGCGGGGAGAGAAAUGACGAGAGGGAAGGGACGGAAAGACGCAGAAAGGAAACAUAGAGAGUACUUUGGUUGUCCCGACGUGAACAUGAGGACACUUUUUUCGCUCACUGCCGACCUCUUUGGAGCUUCAGCGGCCCCACAACGUUCGCCUUUUUAUUGGAUGAGAUUGUAAGAUGGGGGGGUAGCGGGGCGGAGCGGCGGCGGGAGAGGCCGCCCUCCUGCCUCACACUCUGCUAGUCACUAAUAUUCCCGAAGAGACCAGAAAGCACAGAAACCUUGGAUUCGUGUCUGUGGAGGUGGACCGAGCUAAACAGAAUACAUUUAUAACAACACUCCAGAUUCCUGCCUAACAUGGAGCUGUUUCGAAGAGGGCGCGUUCAUAAUCACCUGUUCUGUCUUUUUUCUUUCUGUGUGUGCGUGUGUGUGUGCGCGUGUGUGUGUGGGCGUGUGUGUUUGUGACCUUCUCGUUCACUUUCAUCGUCCAGUCUUUUCUUUUUAUAGUUAACCCCACUUAGUCUCCGUUUGGCUGUCGUGUUCGGACUUCAUAUUUAUUGCUAAGUGUUCAGUGAUAACUUUGUGAUAGCAGAUCUUCUUUGUGUAAUAAAAUACUUAUGAAUUACUGUA